UGUUGAUAUGUUAUCAGGGUCGGUGUCACAUAGUGACAAAUCUCAGAAUGGAUCAUCAUGGAAAAGAUCAGACCCAGCGACUGCGGUCAAUGAAAUCAACCAUGCCUCUGAAGGAGCUUUCUAUGCUGACUUCAUUGGAGAAGGAAACAAAGUCCACAGGAAAAUCUCUACAGAGAACUACCGCUUCUCCAAGCUUUGCGACGGCAGGAUCACAAGAAGCUAUGAAGACUCAUAAAAUAAAAGAAUCCAGAAGUACGGAUAUGGCCUCUCCAACCCAUUCUUUACUUCAAGAAAAUAGCACCAUGGAACUGGAACAUACAGGCCUCGAAGAACAACUUUCCAUCAGUGCGAGUGCAUCAGAACGAGACAUGAGCCGAGAGCAAUCUGCGUCCUUCACACCAAUAUCAAUAAACCACAUCCCAGAGGACACAAACAAAGGACUCAAAGAUUUGGAACCUUGCAAAGAAGAGUGUUUGGAUGAGUCACCUUCAUUUAGAUUUGUGCAGUCUACGCCUCAGAUAACUAUCACAACUGUUGAAGAAGGCAUUGAGACUCAAGAGGCCACCAAACCCUCUGCAGGUAAUAAUGAAGACCAAGAGCAGAAUAAAGAAAGAAAAAAGAUUCUGCCUAACUCUUCACGAGAGUAUCGUCGAUCAACAUUUGUGAAAAUAGCACAAUUGGAACAGGGAGGCAUUUUUGGACUAACGGAUAUUCCUGGCAGUGCUUGCAAACUCCGAUUAAGCUUGGUUAGUGGUGGAGCUGAGUGUAUUUUCAUCCCAAAGAAGCUGUUCUUGGGAGAAGCCACGGAAAGGUCAAGGCAAGUUGCAUUGGAGCUGGUGGAUACGUACCCGAAUGAGCAGGUUAUUAGAGAGAACUUCACCAGAGAGCAAGAAUGGAGCUUGUACAAGGCUCGACUCAUCAGGGACGUGCUAAGCAGCCGUGCAAAGCAGACCUCUGGUUCUGUCAAUUUAGGAACAACAACCUUCUAAUUUGUUUUUAAUUGCCAUGUGCCAACAAGGCUACUAAUUUACACUCAAGUUACCAUUUUAGUUACUUAAUUUAUGAACCAGGAAAUGGGCAAUAUGACACCCAUUUUUCAGACCAUUAUUUUAUAAAGUGCUACUCCAGUUGUAAAAAGGUGCUCUUUCACUAUCUUAUUCCAAAAAUACUGAGCAGUGCAGCACAGACUGUGUUAUUCUAAUUAACAAUCUCUUGUCAUUAUUUGUUGAUGGUCUCUUGGACGUUAUUGAUUCCAUAACUUUCUGGUUAUCUCGUUUUCAGUUGGAGUUUAAUAACAAAACUCGGUCCUUGGAGAUUACUGUGAAUGUUUUUCCUCCACUCUCUACAUUCUAUUAUGGUACAGUUGAAAGCUGUGUUCAUUAUUUCCUGUUGGAGCUGGCAGUCUAAGGAAUUUGAUUUAUUUAACAGAAAAGCAACAAACGAUUUUCCCCUCUUGUCCAAUGGAAAAAGAUGCAUCUCUGCACCCUGGGUAGUGUUUCACGAUGACCAUUUUUACUCCAACUUUACGACCACAGGUUUGGGAUCUCAAAAUGUGCAACCAUGUGCCACGAACCAAUGCAUCUGUUUUUCAAAUGAAUAGAAGGGAUAUGGUGACGUUAUGGUUGUUACUGGAUGAAUUUCCAGGUGCUGGUACCAAUAAUCCAGAGAUAUGAAUUCCAACCCCUUUACAGCACCUUGGUCACACCUCAGACGUGUUGUGAAAGGACCCGCUCCUAAAAGUUAGGAUCUUCAGAUAUCAGGCUUGUACUCAUGAUUUUCCAGACCAAUUUACUGCACUUAUCAUGUUAUUUUGUUUACCAUGAUCUGUACACAAUCUUAUGUUGUUUUUGGAACAGCAUUUAAAAUAAAAAUGAACAUGCAGUUUUGAAAUUUGUAUCAGAGAUUUUGAACCCACUGUCUUGUACUUCAAUUUAAUUCAAAAUCAAAAUAGUUUCAGAAAUGUCAAAAGUCUGUGCUGGUAUAGACAGACUAAUUUCAUACUUAGAAGUACAUAUCAAGUGGAGUCAUCAGGGCAGAAUGGAUCAAUAAAUAACAUGUAGAGAGACACAUGGUGGUUUACAAAACCCCCCCCACAAAUUGCUGGAGUAGUUGAACGGGUCAUGCAGCAUCUGUGGAGGGCAUGGGCAGGCGACAUUUUGGAUCAGAACCCUUCAGACUUCAGAGGUUGGAGGG